ACACAUACUCACGCAGAGACGAACACACACGGAGAAGGAUGGACAAACGGGUGGUCGCGGUUAGCGACACCCAUGCGAGGCCUGAAAGCAAGGGCAAAGAUGGCCGACGUGCAUGAGAUUAGGGGCGCAAGCGUAACCGCGCGAGGCUCCGCCCCCAUUCGUCGAAGCUCUCCGUUCUGCUGGCUGAUGCCGAGCUCACCCCCUUUACUCUCCCACCCGUACACAAGCGCGAACCCUCUCGUCGUGGGCAAGCGUCACGCUGCCGCAUCGUCCAGGACCACCAACCCCCGCUGCAACCCCACCAGCAGCACCACGUACACGGACAGCGUUCCUGCCAUCCCCCUGGAAGAGUUCAUCCGCGAAGCGCUCCUCGCCGGCCAGUCAGCGCCAAAAAGUGCAGAGCUUCGGGACAAGAGUCCGUGUCCUGCCCUGCGCGUAACCUUUAACCCUUGUAUAUGGCAGUGACGAGCCGGUGCUUCGUCCCUUUCCCUCCGCCGGUGUCACCCCGGGAGUCUCGUGGGACACGAGGAAUCUGGUGACUUGAUUGUCUCGAUCGGUUUCCCCAGCCCUUCUUUGGCGGGAACGUUGACGUCGUAGGGUGGACCCUAGUGAACGUCGAGUGAAGUGUCUGUCUGGUAGCGGUGCAAUCGAUCUUGGUUCGCGGAAAGAAAGGUGCUCGCGAAUACGCGAUCGUUACGGUGAUCAGUUGAUUGUCAUCGGCAACACACCCACAGGUGCUUCUUCGUUGACUGUGUGAUUACGUGAUUGCGGUGUUCCGUCGGAUGUCCAGUCUAAACUGAAACGAUAGAGAUGCGGAACCGCGAAUCUCCAACAUUCUCCGGCGCUAUACGGGUGGACUGUGAUCUCUGAUGGACCGAGACCGACGAUAAGUGGUGCAUCCUGAGGGUGCCGAGAUCCCUCAACGGAUUUGAUUAUCGGUGCGUUCUCCAUUGGAUUCAAUUGGACGUGAUUCUCGAAUCGCCGCUCGAUUCAGCUCGUAAUUGCACGGUGAAAACGUGAACGGCGAACGUACAACGUACUCUCUUUGAAAUCACAACGCUUUGACACAAACAGACUUUUUAAUCACACACAGAUGCGAAUGCGUCUUGGAGCCAAAAAACGCAGCCGUCGCUGCUGGUGUCGCGCUUACCGUUCCGUCUGAGGGUGUCGAUUCGGGAACCAGCCGCGAAACCCUCUAAGCCGAGAUAGGCUUAGCGGCACGCAGAAUGAUGUACUCACCGGACAAAAUGAUGGGGAGCAAGGGACUCCACGGGGCACCGAUCACCGCCCCGGGGUGCUUUCCCUCGGGGAGAUACUCGCCGCCGCCUUAUCGCGCCGCGCCGGAUCCGAUGCCGCCGCCGCCGAGGCGAUGUAUGCCGAACUCUACGAGUCGUAUAUUCGAAGACGCAUCCAUUGUGUGCAAUUCUUGGUCACCGAGGCAUAAUGGUGAUUUGUUCGGUGGUUUGAAUAGCGGUCUGCAAGAUGGCUUACUUUCAAGAGCAGAGGCUUUAGCAGCAGAUUUGGGGAAGCACAACGCCGGGACGCCAAUGCCGUUGAAGCACGAUCCCGUGUCUGUGUAUCAUCACGGAGCGCACAUGCCGACUCCCCAUCCAAAUAACCGGCCACAUCAUCAGAUGAGCCAUCCGGGAAUGGAGAGCCUAGACAUGCUGGACCCGGCGAACUCGAUGACGACACUGACGCCGAUGUCCGAGAGCACGGGCGGUGGACCGGGGCAUCACGCGGGCAUCCACGGUCCCUCCGUGUACGGCGGCAUGAACGGUAUGAUGAGUCAUCACCAUCAUCACAGUAACCUAGGCGGCGGGGGUGGCAGCGUGCCGCAUCCGGCGCAUCAUCAUCCGGCGAUGGCCGCAGCGGCGGCGGCCGCGGCCGCGGCGGGUCUGCAUCCCGACGCCGACACCGAUCCGCGCGAGCUGGAGGCCUUCGCCGAGCGAUUCAAGCAACGGCGCAUCAAGCUCGGCGUCACGCAGGCCGACGUCGGGAAAGCGUUGGCCAAUCUCAAAUUGCCGGGUGUCGGCGCCCUCUCGCAGUCGACGAUCUGUCGCUUCGAGUCGCUCACGCUUUCGCACAACAAUAUGAUCGCCCUGAAGCCGAUCCUUCAAGCGUGGCUGGAGGAGGCGGAGGCCCAGGCGAAGAACAAGCGACGCGACCCGGACGCGCCGUCGGUAUUGCCGGCCGGCGAGAAGAAGCGGAAACGUACGAGCAUCGCCGCGCCGGAAAAACGCUCGCUGGAGGCGUAUUUCGCGGUCCAGCCGCGGCCGUCCGGCGAGAAGAUCGCCGCGAUCGCGGAGAAGCUCGACCUCAAGAAGAACGUCGUACGGGUUUGGUUCUGCAAUCAGCGGCAGAAGCAGAAGCGCAUGAAGUUCGCGGCUCAACAUUGACCCGAGGGUGGCUUGUGACAGCAAAACUGACCGUACCAGUUGCCCAGUCUCGAGCCGAAACCCGAACCUCUGACUGAGUUUCAGGGUUGGCCGUGAAAUGCCCAAAACUCUGCAAGCUGGGCUUCCCCCGACUCCGCCGAUGGAUAUCACGAUGAGAUUUCGAAUCGUCGUCGUCGGACCGUCGAAACGUCACCGCGGUAUAUCCAUCUGCGGCAGUCUUUCGCGGCUAACUAAAAAAAAAAAAAAGAGAGAAGAUAAUGGCUCGAUGCUACGGGUAGACGUAUCGGUACGCGAAGCUGUCACAGGCAAAAGUCGACGACGAGUCGCUUGUUAUCACUGCGCGUGUGUAAUAUGCUUGAAACGCAUAUUCUGGAAUCACCGGUUGCAGGGAGCUAUUCUUGACCCGUUUCGGUUCUCUCUCCUCUUCAUCUAACACGAUUAUAUCACUCUCGUGACGUUACACAACCGAUGCAAUGAAAUGCUGGUGACGCGAGUUUACGAAUGUUUCACGAUGGCUGAUCAGCGCGGUAGAGGAUGGCAGUAAAGAUAAAUCCGAGUAUCGAAAUCGGUUCGCUCUAUCAAAUCGAUAUCGAUCCUUUUCUUCACACGGACUGGAAAUUGUUGCAAAACGAUUUCUAUCGUAAAAUAGAAUCGUUUUCACUAGACUAUUAAUUGAUAAACUUCUCAUCUUCUCCUCUUUAUGAAGAUAUCAAAGAUAUACAUUUUAUAUCCCAAUAUCCAGAGAGAUAAGCAAGUAAAUUUAAACGCACACGCGUCUCUUUAUUUCGCUCGAAAAUACAAAAGCGAAUAAUAUACAGAUAAUGCCGAGAAAACACUGGUCGUUGCAAUAAUGCAUAAUGCUUUCAACGUGGUAUGAUUUUAGGAAAAUGAAAAACUCUGCACUAGGAUGCUAAGCGCUCUCUUCGUAUUUUCAUUUACAUUAGCAGUAAGCAUUGCAGCGACGGAUUUGUGUUGUAUGAUAAUAUUAUAGAGCUACAUAAAUACCAUCCGAUUCGCGCGUUUUAUCCGAAACGGGAUAUAAAGUUUUCUUUUUUUUUUAGAAGAAAAUACAUUGCACAAGAUCCAAUAAAAAUUGGAAUUUUUUAAGCAAAACGUUAUAGGUAGUGCAAUAUUUGUUAUUAAUUUAAAGACAAAUUUUUUGAUAAAUUUUAUUUAAAAUCAGUUUUUUUAUUAUGUAUGUACUUUUAUAUUUUAAUAUAAUAUUUUUUUAUCAUGGAGAGAGAAACAGAGAAAAUACAAAAAUUAUUUAAAAAAUUACUUCAAUGUUAUAAUAUUUUCAACUAUCAGGGGCACAAGAAGAAAACGUGAAUUUGCAUUUUCUAUAAUUUUAUGUAUAUGUAUAUAUAAACAACUAGACAAAGAUUUAAUUUAAUUUGAAUAUCUGUGUUCAUUACAAUGCUCCAGCUAAUAUUUUCUCCAAAUUGUAGUCAAAAUAAAGAGUCUUCGUGCUUGAAAUUCGCAAAACCACAAGAUCAAGAAGCACGCUGCCAACGAUAGCGAUAAAACAGUUUACGAUGCCAUUUGCCCUUCGACCCCUCGUCGUAUGACAUCCGCGGUUAAAAUCGCUGUUCGCCGCCGAUUUCACGAUCACAUUUCUCGCAAACCAAUACGUGAAAUCCUAUAAUCCGUGUAAAAUAAAUAUACAAUAGAAAUGGCAUUUUAUAUUUCUUUGCUAGAAAGUAAAAAAAAUGCAACAAAGUUUGUCUCAUUACAAUUAUUUAUCAAUAGUUAAUUGAUUCAAAGUAAUAUGCAAAGCACAUCUAAAUAUUAAAGAAACAAAAACCUCUAACGUGUAAUUUUUUCAGACAUAAAAAAUUAACAAAUAAAAAAGAAAAUUGAAAUUUGUUAAAAGUGAAACGUUCUCCAGUACAAAACGAUCUUUAAUUGAGAUUGAAAUUGAGUGAAAUUUUUCAAUAUCUACAUAAUAUCAUAUUAUUUAAUACGAGUGCAUUCGUUAAUAGCAAUUGCAAUUUUCCGUCUCUCUCUAAACUUAUAACAUUUUAUGAAAAUCACUUAAACAUCUAUAACUCUUAUACCGCAAAAUGACACAUCGGAAACAAUCGUAAAUCACUAGGUCGCCAUUGCAAUAAUUUACUGAGCAAUAAUCAUUGAAGGCACGAUCGAGUGUUGGGAAAAAUCCCAGGAUUAAAAAAGCAUGAAAAAGAGAGAGAGAGAGAGAGAGAGAGAAAGAGAGAGAGAGAGAGAAAGAGAGAGAGACUUUUCGUCGUUCGUUUUUCACGAACUCUUGUCGUGACAAGUGAACGGCGAAGAGCAAGGAUUACCAACGCGUCUUGAAAAGUACAACUCGAAACAUAAAAUAUAAAGUACGUAUUUGUUAUAAAGACGACGCGCGGAUACGUCGCGCCGAAGAAAAAGUGAUAUUAAUCCUAAUGAAGACGCUCAGUGCAGUGUAAGCAGUGAAGAGAACGAUAGUGCGCGUGUGAACGAGAAUGUGUGUUGCGUAUGUAAGGAACCGAGGGUUCAGAUGGAUAAAGAGAGAAAGAAGCAAAUGAGAGAGAAUGAGAGAAAGAGA